CCAAAAGUGUACCCCAAAUGUACACCACCUAUUUUUCUACCACUCAUUUUUAUUUAUUUAUUUUUUGGGAAUCCAAUUUAUCCAUUGGGAAUCCUACAAACGGGUGGGUUGACUCAAAGCAGUGAUCCAUGGGCACCCAAUCCCCAUCUUCCCAACAAUGGCCGCCAUCUUAGCUGCUUCUCAUCUUUCCCUUUUCAACACUCAGCUCCCCACUCUCUUCAUCUCUGCGCCGCCGGUUUCUCUUUCCCUCCACCGUCUCCGCCGAAACCCUUCCAUUUUCACCGCUGUUCGAGUCCAGCAACAGACGGACAAAGGAUCAGCCCCGCCGGCGCCGGAGCAGCAUCAAUUCGACGACUAUGCGGAGGAUGAAUCCUACGGCGAGGUUAACAGGAUCAUCGGUAGCCGGGCAGCCGAAGGCGGAAGAGGGAUGGAAUACCUGAUCGAGUGGAAAGACGAACACCCUCCGACCUGGAUCCCUUCCGAUUUCAUCGCCAAGGACGUCGUCUCGGAGUACGAGAUCCCCUGGUGGACGGCCGUCAAAAAGGCCGACGAAUCCUCCUUGCGGGAGCUCCUAAACGCCGGCGACGGCGAGAGGGACGCGGACGCAGUGGACGAGGACGGGCGCACGGCUCUACUCUUCGUCUCCGGGCUUGGAUCCGAGGAUUGCGUCAAACUGCUCGCCGAAGCAGGGGCGGACGUCAAUUACAGAGACCCAAGCGGUGGCGGCUUGACGCCUCUGCACAUGGCGGCAGGCUAUGUCCGGCCAGGAACAGUGAAGAUUCUGAUCGAACUUGGAGCAGACCCCGAGGCUGAGGACGACAAGGGGCAGACCCCCCUAGACCUGGCAAGAACAAUCCUGAAGAAGCUAACCCCAAUGCAAUUUGACCGAAGGUUAGGGUUGCAUAGGGUGAUUGGGGUUCUGGAAGAUGCAAUGUUUGAAUUCGCGGAAGUGGAGGAGAUAAUGGAGAAGAGGGGGAAGGGGGAGAAGGCAGAGUACCUGGUGAAGUGGAAGGACAGAGAGGCAAACGAGUGGGUGAAACGCGCUGCUGUAGCUGAUGAUUUGGUGAGUGAUUUUGAGGCGGGGGUGGAGUAUGCAGUGGCAGAGAGGGUUUUGGAGAAGAGAAUGGGAGAAGAGGGGAAGAAGAAGAAGAAGGUGGAGUAUUUGGUGAAGUGGUCGGACAUGGAAGAGGCAACUUGGGAGCCCGCAGAGAAUGUGGAUCCUGCAUUGAUUAUCGAGUUCGAGAAGAAGGAUCAGCAGUCAUGAACCAACAUUGACAAGCUAUGUUGCACGGGUUGUUUCCGAUACUCGAAUUCUUUGUAAAAUUUUGGGAACAAAUAUGGUGUUUUGGUGUUGAUGAGCCUGUACCGGGCUCGGUGCAACUUGGAUAACAGGUGUAAUAGACAAGAAUUUGAAUAAACGUUGUUAAACGAGUUAGGAGGUGUGGAGUUCACACUUGUUCAAUUAUAUGGAUAUGCGUUCGAAAAUACCCCGAACUGCAAGCAAUCCUUCGUAGAAACAGAUGUUUUCGCGUGAACACUCAUGUGUGGUCAUUGUUUUUCAUCUAUAUAAAUAUAGACAUGUGUGAUCU